AAUUGCCUAUUUCCUUUGUGUCUUGCUCGUGACUUAUCAUACCCUAGAGAUAUUUGACAAACUUUUUUUUUCCAGGGUUCCCUAAAUGAUGUCACGUCCUCGAGUAUCGACGCUUCACGGAGCAACAAUCCCUCGCCUGAGGCAAGUCGCUGCCUAAUGGAGGCACUCAGUCCUUCGAAGUCGUCGUUUGAGGCUCGGCUUGUUGAAGUUGAUGAGCAAAGUUGUGAUACACUGAGCAAUCUUCAUGCGACAAUCAACGGUGGUUUAUCGCCAAGGACCGAUCCCAACUGUUCGUCGAGUCCUUGCCAUUCUACUUAUGGUAGGUAGCAAUGGACCAUUUGCAUUAUAGACUAAAUUUUGAUCUAAACAAGUCUAGACAAAAAUUUCAUCACAGUUUGAAAGAGCAUCACAAAAUUAGUAAUAUUCCAAAGUUUCGUUGCGAAAUGUUGUAAAAUGCGGAUAAUAUAGCCUUGCGAAAUUUGCAAUUUUCAGUCAUUUUGUAUUACAAACAGGAAAUUGAUGCCCCAACACCCGAUUGGGCUGUCAAUUUCCCGUGCGCAAUACAAAAUGACUGAAAAACGGCAAACUUCGCAAGGCUAUAUUCGCAUUUUACAACAUUUCGCAACGAAACUUCGGAAUAUUACUAAUUUUGUGAUGCUCUUUCAAGCUGUGAUGAAAUUUUUGUCUAGAUCAAAAUUUAGUCUAUAAUGCAAAUGGUCCAUUGUCCAUGCACGUGUAAAAAUUUCACAGCUUGUCAAUAAGAUGUGUUCGCACUGCUUGUUCACAGUUGUUGAAAAGUCUGGAACAAGUUGUUUAACAUCUUGUAACAAGGUUGAUGAGGCGAACAGGCUCACAACAAGUUGUUCCAACACGUUUGAUAUCGUCUGCACGUAACAAGUUGUUCACAAGUUGAUGACAACAAGCUCGUAGCAGCUUGUUGCGAACAGCCUGUAUAUUAAUCUUGCUGGAACAACUUGUAGCAAGUCUGUUUACCGUCAUCAACUUUGUAACAAGGUGAUAACAACUUGUUCCAGACUUUGCGCAACAACUGGGGCGAACAGGUCUGCAAUCAAGUUGUUACAAAUCUGUUCACAAGUUGUCGACAAGUUGUGUUCGCACUGCUUGUUCCCAGUUGUUUGGACAACAACAACUUGUAACAAGCUUGAUGGCAUUAUCAGACUUAUUACAAGGUUGUCCAAACAGGUCUGAUACAGUCAUGAUAUAACAAGAAUGUUACAAGGUUGAUGACACAAUGCUGUAACAAUAUUGUUAUAUCAUGACUGUAGCGGACUUGUUGGAACAACCUUGCAACAAGUCUGAUGGUACCAACAAGGUUGUUACAAAUUGGUAACAGCUUGUUCCAAACUUGUGGACAACUUGGGACAAGCAAUGCGAACACAACUUGUUGACGGUUUGUUGGCAGAAAUGCUACAAGAUGUGAGAUUUUUACGCAUGUGCACCAGGCAAUUUGUGCACCUUGCUUAGUGGGUGUUAUAUAGUAUAUGCAUUGCAUAUUUAUAUUCAUUGAAAUACUUUUCUUUUUUAGCCUCUCCUACUCAUUCAGAGAGCGUUGAUCUUCCCGACAUGUUUUCGCGUCAUCAACUGGCGUCGCCCACUGGUAGCUCUGUGUCUUCUUUUAAUUUAAACUCGGGACUAUACAUGUCAAAUCCCACGCAUACCACGCUUAAAAAGGUAAGAUCAUUUAGAGAUGGAUCCAGCCAAAUAGCAAGGUGCUUAUGGAACCUUGGUCAUGGUUUGGGGGUCUUACUAAAGGAAUUGACAACCCUCCCCAACGUAUCCCCCCACCUACCCACCCCUUUGCACUCUCCUUUGCCAAUGCUAGGAAGGGUGCAUGCCUUCCUCCCCCGCACCAAAUCCAUCGCUGUGAUAAUUUUAAAAAUAUACUGUACUUUGCUAGGAUUCUUUUUUUUGUAAAGACAGCAAUGGCUAUUCCAUGUAGAUUUUAGGCCUUGGCCAACUCUGACGCAUUGUCACAGAAACAAAAUUUGCUUCCCAAGAAAGAAACGUGUUUCUCGGCAAAUUUAGGAACAUGUUUUGUUCCCCUGUAUGAUCUUUGUUGAUGAAGCGCUAUAUUAUUAUUUUAUUUAUUAUUGUUUACCAAUAUUUAUACACGGUAGCAUCUCAACCAAAGUUCGAGAAUCCAAAGUUGUUUGGAUGUUGUUUGCGCAGGGCUAAACCAUGCAAUAUAACUCUUUUCAGCGCUGGUUGUUACAAUAUGCGAACGAAGGAGCUGCGAACAAGGUAACGCCGCGUAAUGGAGUGAUCACUACGAACGUUUACAGACCGAGUCAAAUAUUGCGGGUUGCCGUUUCCCCGAAGACGUUUCCUCUGCCGUACAAACGGCGCAAACUGAUUGAAUAUCAGAAAAGUGUAAAUAAUUCAACUUCACAGACAGCUGUGAAGACAACAUUACAGAUUAGUACUGGUGAAAAUUUGACUGAGAAUGCGGCUACUGUCUCAUCCACUGUAAACGCGUCGACCUCCAUAUCAUCAACUGUGACGUCAUCAUCGACCACAUCGUUUGCGUCAUUGAUGACUUCACCAAUGGCGUCACCACCUAUGACGUCGCCGGUGACGUCAUCCCUGACUUCAGUUAAUGUGACGUCACUAAACAAUUUGACAUCGACUUCGACGAGUGAGGUGAGGCUAACGAUGUUAGCAAGUACACGAACUUCAACUUCCGGCGUAUUGACCGUUACCGGAAGUAACGACGCGGUAUUUCCACGUGUAACCGGAAGUGAAGAAGCCAGCUGGCGAAGACGAAUCAGUGGCGGAAGUGACGAGAUCAGCGUUGGUCGCAGUAGUUUAUCAAGUAUCAGUUCAACUGAUGAUAUAAAAAUGGACGCCACGGGUACUAGUAGCGAUAGUGCGAAAAUUGAACUAAAUUUAGGUAAUGCUGUCGGCAGUAGUUCGGAAGCGAAUCGGAAACCACCGUUUUCGCAAGCCGUACAGGAGAACUCGCUAGAGUCCAGUACGGAUUGUAUAACCAGAGAUGAUAAUUCUAGGGAUAAGACAGCACAUGUAGGGUCAAGUGGGGUUGUUGAAGGAGCAGCGAGCACAACACAGACUACGCCUGGCGGAAAGAAAAAGGUAAUGGUUCUCUCAGUAUUACAUCAUAACCUGUGUUACUCGACUUGUGUUAUAUUGCACUACAGAUAAAUAUUCAUAGUUAAAAAAUUGUUCCUGAAACAACAUAAUAUUCGUUUCAGGUUUCUCUAACGGAAUAUCUGAGUCGUAAGCGCACGACUGGGUCAACGGUAAAGAAAGAAGCUGCCCCAGGCCCUUCUUCAUCCGACGUCACCUCGGCCGACCAGUCACGUGUUUCCGACAGUGGUAGCCUAUUGGCUAGUAGUGAUCCUGUAUCCUCUGUCGUGAAGUAUCGCGGAAGUUUGGGUACAAGUGUGAGCACAAGUGGAUAUGGGAGUACAUUAUUGCCAACAACAGGGGUCAGUAGUAGUACAAGUGGGAUAGAACCUGUGAGUCCUGAGGAGGGAUACCGCGUGGAUGAUGAUAGGCCCUCGUUAUCCAGUAAUGUACACGGUUAGUAUAUAUGUCUAUAGUUAAUUAGUAACUAGAUAGCUGUGGAUUGAUAGGGAUACAAGGAGAACUUCAUAGUUCCGGUAGUUGUAUCCCUAUCAAUCCACAGCUUUCUUAUUAUUGGCACCACCUACUACACUUACUGAGAUCGGUUGUACGAAAGGCUGGUAGCGCCAUUCACCGCAAAUAUUAAUUUCAUCAAGCCUUCUUAAACAAAAAGGUUUCCCAACACAAUAGACAGAUUUAGAUCGAGGACGCGGACGUGAAAGACGACGUGAAAAUGGCGUGUUGUGCCCAUGUAUGGAUAUGCCACGCCAUUUUGACGCCAUUUUCACGUCGUCUUUGACGUCCGCGUCCUCGAUCUAAAUCUGUCUAUUAACAAAUUGAGAAACCUAUUGAGAGUGAUGUUUCUAGGAAACAACAUGUUCUGAUUUGCCCACCUUCGGGAGCCGUGACUAGGAAACAGUGUUUCCUAGUUGCUCAAGCCUUGGCCUAUUUCUUCUUGAAAAUGUGGUGGUAAUGCAGUACUCAUAUCGGAGAUGAAAAUAUAGAAGAAAUUCUUUCAUAUCUUCGAUGAUAUUUUCAUCUGUGAAACUUGAGUGAUAUUAAGGUCUGACCCUGUUCACAUGCUGUUUGUUAUCUGUCAUUCAGUGUGAUGUAACUGUCAGAAACACUUGCAAGUUACAUAACAUUGCUUAUCUCAUAACAUUGCUUAUCUCUUUAUCAGGGCGAUAAUAGGGUGACAUAAAAAUGAUAUCUCACUGAUAUCUUUUUUGUCACAGAUAUCUUUUUUUUGUCACUGAUAUCGCUUUUUGUCUCGCCAUCUUAAUAAUGUUUUGCGUUGGGGCAAUGGUUAAUUUUCUAAUAAAUUCUGAUCCUGAUAAAGGCACAAGUAUAUAAUAAACAGGUUAUCAUAAUCGGGACGAGAUGAUAUCAGUUUUAUCGCUUUCAGAACGAUGUCAUAAAUGUCCCUCAUUCGCUGCGCUCACUCGUGACAUUUAUGAUAUCGUCUCUCAAGCGAUAAAACUGAUAUCGCCUCGCCCCUCGUAUGAUAACCGAUAUUUAUAUCCUGUACAGUGUAUAAUCAAGUAACAAAUUAGCUAAAUAACUUUAUCACUUGUUCACAAUCAUAGUGUAUCGCUUAUUCACAAUCUUAGCACAGUGACAAUGAUUAGGUCAAGCGCUUUAUCCCGUUUUAUUGUUUUGUCUAGGUUUACAAAGUUCGUCAACUGUAGAACGCGAAGCCAAACCAUCUCUGAUGCCUACAUCAUCGUACCGCAGUUAUUCUCAAAACCUUCCACUUCGCCCUGUUUCUGAACCUGGUUAGUGUAAAUAUUUUUUUUAUUUGAAAAGGCGAAACGUUUCUCCACAUAAAAAGGGGGUGAAUUUAAGCGCAAAGUUAUCCGCCAUGAACUGUUGUUAGAAAAGAUUUUCCCUUUUGCAAGGACCCAGUUGCCAGGAUAAAUGAAGCACAAAGGGACAUGCCAUAAGAAUGUUUCAUGCCAUAAGAUGUUUGGAAACUGUCAAGACAACCAAAUUAUCCCCAGCCAACCGGAUAAAAUUUUCUCAUUUGAACGCGAAGGGCUAAUUGUGACUUUUUCAAAGCGCCCAUCGUAGUGUAAACAUAGUCUAAAUAUGAUAUUUGCUGUGUUGGUGUAAUGUACUCAGGUGAAUAAGAUGCUUGUGAUGUUACUGAGUCUAUAUGCACACCGGGCAGGCUUGAAAAAUAUGCCUGGACAUUACACCAACACAGCGAAUAUCAUGAUUAUUAGAUUACACUGAUAUCGAAGGAACUAGACUCAGUUCCGAAAUAUCACAUACUCGAACCGACCUGACCGCGUAGCUCAGUUGGCAGAGCAUUGGGCUAGUAUUCCAAAGGUCGUAGGUUCGAUACCCACCGUGGCCAGGUAUAUUUUUCAAGCUUGCCCGGUGUGGAUAUGCACUCAGAGUAACAUCACAAGCAUAGUCUAAAUAUUUCAUUCUGCCUCUCUCUUCAGGAAGCAGUAGUGAUGCGAUGGAUAUUGAUGACGACGAUGUUCCUUCGUCAAGUACGAUUGUUGUCAACACUCCAGUUAUGUCUCUGCCUGGUGCGAGAUCAGUUGGAGUCACGUCAUCAGAUAUGAUGAGUUCAUUGGCUGGAAAAUCUUAUUCGAAUAUUGGGCAGCCAAUAAAAUUUAACAACGUUACGUCUGCACAACCACUUCCGGGGCGACAGGUAAACAGCUCAACCUUGAUGCUUUCAUGCAUGCUUAGUUUAGACCAUAGCAGGAAGUAUUUCUGGGAUCCUAAUGGCUGGUUUACACUGUCAAAGUUUCUGUGAUGACAGUAGGAAUUUUGCAAAGGAAAAUUCUAAGUUUUGAAGGAUUUGUAAGAAAUGUUCGAGGGAACUGGCUUAGUGUUAAACCAUUAGUCAUUUGCCUCAAAAAUUUCUUACAUAUCAUUCAAAACUUAGAAUUUAUACCCAUGCAAAAUUAAGAAACUUUGAUAGUGUAAACCAGGCUUCCAUUUUUGGGGUCACAAUUUUCUGCCGAGUUCACUGAUAUUCUUCCCGAUAAAUUAUUUUCUGUGUCGAUGCCAUAAAAUUUUCUGCCAGCUAAGUCAGGUGUGAAACUUUUCUGGGAUCCUAGAUGCCAGGAUCCACCAUUAGUUCCUGCUAUGGUUUAGACAAAACUGAUAGAGUUAUCCCGUAUAAAGAUAGUUUAGUACGUGUAGGUUUCCUCUUGUAGUAAAAGUCGACCACAAUAAGGCAGGGAGAACAGUUUGGGGCUGAUAAAUAAAGUUAAAGAGAAACUCCUUGUAGUAGCAUUGAGCCAAUAAUAGAUUUUCUUUCCUAUAUUUCUAAAUUCAUUCCUUCUGUUUCUACAGGUUACAAACUCAAUGGUUCCACCGGAGAAUAUUGGUCGACAACUAGUGCCAGUCUCCCAGGUACCCAACACGUCAUUACAACCCCUGCCACGUCAUCAUGACUUCCGGUCUGCGAGCGGUCGACCCAGUCCCUUCCAUUAGUACCACGUUCUCACACAUUCACAGUUUACCAUAGGAGUCCUUCCAUAUCCCUCGGUUCUAAGUAUUCCUGUUUCUUGGUUGGCGGUUGCUUAUGUUUGCAAUGUUAGUUCGCGUGUAUCUUCCCGCGUGUUUUUUCCCACGCAUGUAAUCGUGUAAAGUAUGUCACGUGUCAACUCGAGCAUAGCCAAUAGAAUAAAGAAGUUUAGGAAAGACAAUACUCGAUGAAAUGUUUGUUUACAUUAUGCCAAAAUUAGCCAAUUCAUCGUGUGUUGUGUUUUCGUCCGACCGACCAAUAGUAUUGUUUUAAGGCUGGUUCACAUCAAAGUUUCGGUGACCACAGUAGCAAGGCUGCAAAUAAAUAUUUGACUUGACAGGACAUUUGUCCGAUCACUUUUAAUUUUGGUGGGCAUAACUUGAAUUUGGUCGCACAAAAACCAACACCGCUAAAUUAAAUUUUGUCGGACAUAUAUACGUCACAAGAUAUAUAUAGGCUAAGUUACAAGACAAGUAUGUAUAGCCAUUUCGGCGCAACGUUAAAGUAAAAUGCUAGAAUGCCUCGUAAAUUUUAUUGCAAAAUGCAAAUUGAGUGAAUUUGCAAUCGAAUUUUGUCACAGCAAAAAAAUGUAUAAUGUGACAAUUUUUUUUGUGAUCUGACCAAUGUCCGUUCAAAAUUACUUUUGCUCGGACAUUUGCCAAAUUUAGUCGGACAUUGUCCGAUGUCCGACAGUAAUUUGCAGCCCUGCAGUAGGAAUUUUGCAUAGGGAAAAUGGGAAUUUCCAAGUUUUGAAGGAUUUGUAAGAAAUGUUUCAGGGAGCUGACUCAUUGUUUAACACCAAGUCAGUUUCCUCAAAUACUUCAAAACUUAGAAUUUACCUAUGCAAAAUUGCUACUGUGAUCACAUAAAUUUUGAUACUGUAAACUCAGUCCUUAUAUGAACUAUUAUUAUACAAUGUGACGAAUGAGUAAUUAGACGCGUAAAAUUCUCACGGCUUGUCAACAAGAUAUGUUCGCACUGCUAGGAACAAGUUGUUACCAUCUUGUCACAAGGUUGAUGAGGCCAACAGACUCGCAGCAAGUUAUUCCAACAAGUCUGAUAUCGUGUGCACAACGAGCUCGUAGCAACUUGUUACGAACAGCUUGUAUUAGUCUUGUUGGAACAACUUGUAUAACAAGUCUUUUACCUUGUAAUCAACCUUGUAACACAACCACUGGGAACAAGUGCGAAUACAUCUUAUUAGGGAGUUUAAGAUGCCAACAACAGGCACGGAGUACGGUUGAACUCUUGUUUUCGCACUGAUUUAACAAAGGCAGACCAAAAUGUACAUAUCCCCAGAGCAUACUUUUCACCGUAGCGACCUUGGUUACAGCGUAAAAUCACAUUCUUGUGUUGUAAAACAGAAUCAACUGACUACGCAACGUUGCAGGUUGGAGAGUAUUUUUAUAAAGAAAUGCAUGAUGAAAAUUAAAGAUGAAACUUACCGAACACAAAACCAUGCACAUAAAACACAUUUGGGAUAAAUUUGUUAUGACAAACAUUUAGUAUUUGCAUAUAUAUAACAAAAACUAUUUCAAACGUAGUCGGUAGUUCGUCGUCAAGAUCUUAAACUCCCUAAUGUCAGCUUGGCAACGACCUUAAUGGACCUUUUCCCUUAUAACUAAAAUUUCGAUCUAGACAACGAUUUCAUCACAGCUUGAAAAAACAUCACAAAAUUAGUAAUAUUCCAAAGUUUUGUUGCAAAAUCUUGUAAAAUGCGGAUAAUAUAGCCUUGCGAAGUUUGCCGUUUUUCAGUCAUUUUGUAUUACAAACAGGAAAUUGACAGCCCCAAAGGGCAUUGGCUGUCAAUUUCCCCCGCGUAAUGCAAAAUGACUGAAAAACGGCAAACUUCGCAAGGCUCUAUUUUCUUCAUUUUACAACAUUUCGCAACGAAACUUUGGAAUAUUACUAAUUUUGUGAUGCUCUUUCAAGCUGUGAUGAAAUAUUUGUCUAGACUUGCCUAGAUCAAAAUUUUGGUUAUAAAGGGAAAGGUCUAUUAACAACUUGCGCGUUCUUACGUGUGCAGACCAAAAUCACUACACACAUGUCCAUGAACUGAUCAUAUUUUUGCAUAAGCCAGCAAAAGGUCAUGACAUGUUCUAUUGUAUUUGAUCGAGUUUCCUAAGUUCUAGUUUCAAUUUGGUCGUGAUACAGUGUCGCUACUUCUUUGCAAUCGCUAGUAACUGAUUUACAUGCAGUACAGAGAGCAAGAUUUUUUGUAAAUACAACCAAUAAGAACUAGGCUUUCUUUAUUCUAUUGUGCAUGACUUGAGCAAACAAGCAUUUUUAACCGAACGUGUUCCAUGUACAGUUGCAAUUGUAUUAUUGGCAUUAUUUUGGUGAAAUCGUGGGAAGUUCUUGCAAGCAGUCGUUGGUAGCUUGGUGCAACGUUAAAUGAACGUUAAUUUGAGUGUAUGUACAGAUGACAAUAGCCUCUCGGUAAACUCAGGCCAUCAUUUUAGGCCUGCGGACGAGGGGCUAAGAUGACAAGAUAGAGCUUGAAAUUGUUCUCCUUGUUUUAUGAUCAAGCAAUAUGUACAGAAUGUGCAAAGUUAAUUUGAUAAAAUAAUACCAAGUAAACUUCUUUUGUAGUUAUGUAUGUUUUGUUGCGUCUAACCCAU